GUGGCAAUGCCUUUAACGUUAGUUUUGAACCACUCUUGCCGAAUACUACAGGUCCUAUGCUAUGCUUAACUGUACGCUGCCACGUGCUCGUAUCCAGAUAUCCGGAUAAUCAAACUUGCAUUUCAAGUGUCAAGAUGAGUGUUGUGGACAAGGUGGUGUCAGGCGGCGGGCGUCUGCUGGCGCUGUCGUUCCUGCAGCGCGGCGGCACGUUCCUUAUGAACAUGCUGACGCUUCGCCACCUUCCAACUCAUGUGGCAGGGGUGGGGUUUUCACUGGAACUAGUGCUCUCCACGACCUUCAUUGUCCGAGAAGGACUGCGGCUGGCGUCGCUUCGGGAACCUGGCAUUGUCCUGACCUCCGGCAAGACCGCGCCCACAGUGGGCUUGCGGCAAUUGAUCAACACCGCGUGGUUGUGCACUGGCUUGGGGUGGCUAUGUACGACUGCGGCAGCGGCGUUCAUGGCACCACGCCUGUACUCUGUGGACGCAGCGGACUUUUCGUCGUUCCAGCUCACGUUGUACCUGUAUUGCAUCAGCGCCGCCGUCGAAUUCUUGACGGAACCGUUGUACAUCCUCGCACAUAGCAGUCUCAUCUUCCACCUCCGCGUCCACGCGCAAGGCUGGGGUUUCUUCGCCAAGGCCGUGGUGCAAGUGGUGGCCGUGCUGUACUUCGACCUCGGCAUGAUCGCGUUUGGCGUGUCCCAAGUCGCGUUCGCCAUCGUCCAGGGCGUCAUCUACUGGCACUACUUUGCCCGCCAGCUGUCCGAUCCGUCGUGCCCGCUGCAUGUUGGGUCCGACUUGCUGCCGCACAUCACCGCCGGCGUCCGGCCAUCGCUGCUGCACUUUUGGAAAACGCUCACAUUUCAGUCGAUUCUCAAGUACUUGCUCACGGAAGGCGACCGGCUGGUCCUAUCCGCGUUCGAGACGGCGCAGCAGCAAGGCGAGUACGCGAUAGCGUUCAACAUUGGGUCGCUGGCCCCGCGGCUUGUGUUUUUGCCGAUUGAAGACGCCGCCAAAGCCAUGUUCAGCAAGUUGCUCACAUCGCCGUCUUCACCCCAGAGCAACGACACCAGCAACGCCAAGACGGACGCGCUCCACAUGUUUCGCCUCGCGUUGAAAUGCAUGACCUUGCUCGGGCUCGUGUUUGUGUUCUUUGCCACCAACUACGCGCGUACCCUGCUCUUCCUUCUUGCCGGGUACGCCAAGACCCUCGACAACAGCGCCCCCGUCCUCUCCACCUACUGCGUGUGCGUGUACUUCCUGUCCGUGAACGGCAUCUGCGAAGCGUUCGUGUACGCAGUCGGCGACGAAGCCGCCCUCCAGCGCCUCAACAAGUUCCUCGUGCUCUUCUUCGCCAUCACCAGCGCUAGCGCCGUGCUGCUGAUCCACACUUGUGGCCUUGGCUCCGUCGGCAUUGUGCUCGCCAACUGCGUCAACAUGGCGUGCCGCGUCGUCUAUUGCCUGCGCUACAUCCAUCGAUUCUUUAAACCUGACUCGGCUGCAUCGUGGACGUCGCUCUACUUGGCCUCGCUGCCGCACCCCGUGGUUCUCGCGGCGAUGGCCGUGUCGUGGGUCGUCACAUACGCCAGUGAAGCCCAUUUCCGGGGCCCCAACUUGGCCCACCACGCACUCCACGUCGUCAUCGGCGGCGUCUGUUUCGCAGUCACUGCCCUCUUACUGUGGACGCUGGACCGGCCGUUCUUGACACAAGUCGCAGCGUUGCGCAAGCAAAAGUCGUCGUAACUACUCAUAUCCAUGAAACCCCUUAACAACUACUAGUACUACUACAGUAUACCAUGGUUCAG